AAUUAAUUCUAUCCAUAGCAGCCAUGGCCGAGAAGGUAGCCCUGAUUAUUGCUGACUUAAGCAUCGGAGUGUCUACCUCGAGGACCCACCUCGGGGCUUUGCAGGUCGAUCCGGAGUGCAUACGUGGACUAGGAGGGUUGCAGCUCUUCAUCGGUAAACAGAAGAAGUUUGAGUGGACUCAAGAAUGCUACGCCGCAUUCGACGAGCUGAAAUCUUAUCUUAGCUCACCACCUCUACUGACUAAAGCCAAAGAUGGAGAAAUCCUCUAUUUAUAUCUGGGAAUUCAAGAUGAAGCCAUUAGUUCGGUUCUGGUGAGAGAAGAAGCCAAGCAGCAGAAACCAAUAUAUUAUAUCAGCAGUGUGCUGCAUGGAGCCGAGUUGAGGUAUCCUAUAGCUGAGAAAGCAGCCUUAGCAGUUGUCACUUCGGCCAGAAAGUUGAGACCGUAUUUCCAGUCGCACCCGAUCAUUGUUCUUACAGACCAACCCCUUCGGCAGAUUCUGCAAAAGCCUGAGUGUUUUGGAAGAUUAAUUAAAUGGGCAGUAGAGCUGGGGGAAUUUGAGAUAACAACCUUAUAUGUUGAUGGGGCAUCCAGUAGCAAAGGUUCAGGAGCUGGUGCUCUCUUGAUCGGCCCAGAUGGAUACCGAAGUGAACAUGCUUUGAAAUUUAACUUCGACGCAACAAACAACAUGGCUGAGUAUGAAGCCUUGCUACUUGCUCUGGUGGCCGAACUGAAGUGCAAAUUCCAGAAAUUCUGCCUGAGCAAAAUCCCCCGAAUUGAGAAUGAACAGGCAGAUUCACUCUCUAAGUUUGCCUCUGAUAGUUCUUCACAUUCCAGAUCAGUUUUUGUGGAGGUCUUAGAUGAACCAAGCUUCAUGAAGCCACGGGAGGCAAUGAAGUUGAGGAAGAAAGUAUCUUGGUAUACACUUGUCGAUGGGGUCCUCUAUAAGCGAUCUUUCUCUCUACCUCUUCUACGGUGCUUAAGCCCCUACGAAGCGGAGUAUGCACUUCGUGAAGUACAUGAAGGUGUUUGUGGAAGUCACGUAGGUGCUCGAACUUUGGCUUAUAAAGUCCUCAGACAGGGUUAUUAUUGGCCAAACAUGUACAAGGAUGCCACUCAGUUUGUACAAAGGUGUCAGAAAUGUCAGUUCUUUGCGCACCUGACUCACCAGCUUGCAGAAGAGCUCACUACUCUGGUAGCACCAUGGCUAUUUGCUCAGUGGGGAUUGGAUCUUUUGGGUCCGUUCGUGAAAGGGGUUGGUGGUGUAACCCACCUGAUUGUUGGUGUAGAUUAUUUCACAAAAUGGGUCGAAGCUCGGCCAUUAUCCAGUCUUACUUCCAAGCAGGUCGAAGACUUUGUUUUCAGCUCAAUCAUCUGCAGAUAUGGGAUCCCGAAUCAGAUUGUGGCUGAUAAUGGAACCCAAUUUAACUGCACCUCUUUUCGAGAUUUUUGUUCCAGCUACGGGAUCAAAUUGCAGUUCACCUUGGUUUACCAUCCGGAGUCCAACGGCAUGGUCGAAUCUGUUAACAAAUGCAUCUUAGAAAGUUUAAAGCCGAGGUUGGAACAACACAAGGCCAAAUGGGCGGACGAGCUCAACAACGUCCUCUGGGCAUACAGAAUCACGAGCCGAACUGCCACAGGUGAAACACCCUAUCAUCUGGCCUUUGGUACCGAAGCAGUCAUUCCUAUCGAGAUAGGAGUUCCAAGCUUCAGGGUCAUUCAUUUCGAUGAAGGACGAAAUGGACAACUGCUUCGGGAGAACCUUGAUCUGCUUGAUGACGUUAGAGAAGAAGCAAGACUUCGAACUCUAGUUUACAAGCAGAAAAUAGCAAACUUCUACAACAAACGAGUUCGACCCCGAACAUUCAAAGUAGGAGACCUUGUUCUCAGGAAAGCAGGUCUGACGGGGUUCGAAACUCGAUUCGGCAAGUGAUGCAAGGAUCAAAAUGAUAUUAGUUUCAUUUCCAUUUAGGAUUUAUUUUGUUAUUUAUAUUUUUCAGAUUUAUUUUAGUUGGAACAAACAAAACUUAGUUAUUAUU